AUGCCUUCCUCGAUCCCAUACGAUCCAUCGCUUGUACAGGCCAACAUCGUGAGCAGUGAUGCUCUUAAAUUGGUCGAGCGCAUAUCUGGACUGCAGGCUCCCGUCGAUGCAGCUCAAAAACAUCUCAACACGCUAUUAGCAGCCAAGCGCAGUCUUCAGAUGACUCGGACUGAACUUCUCAACAUGGGCAUCAAAACAGAUAAGAUCUCUAAGUCUAUUGAGACAUUAGACGCCAAAAUUGAGGAGGCGGCUGCAGACUACGUCGAGGAGAAGAUUGAGGCAGAGGAGAAAAUUCAACCUCUACGUGCCACGAUCAGGAGCGUACACGUGGAGAUGGAGAGCCCAGUGGACUAUGUCAAGACACAAAUCAAAUCAAUGCCGCUUGCUUCUGAUUCACUCAACAUGGAUGUACAGUACUUUUCCAACGAUACCAAUAAAGAGGAAGCUUCGUCGUUAGCUGGCAGUGUCGCAUCAUAUGUGUCGGCGUCAGCAAGCUUUCUAGGUUCAAGCAAGUCUGCAGAGAUGACUCGGGCUGCUGCAAGCCAGGUUAGCGAUCAAGUCAAGAAGCAUAACAUCUCCGGCACUUUGGUCAUAUCUGUCUCAUGUACACACAAGAAUGCAUCCGUUCUCGCGCCGUUUGUUAUCAAUGUCGACAAAGGAAUCAAGGUGUGGAAUCAUCUGUUCAAAGAUGAUACAAUCAAUCCAACGAGCACAGAUAGCAUGUUGGCGAUCGCUAAGGAGAAAACUGCAGGUAAAGACGACAACAAAUUCAGUCUUAUCUCUGGCAUGACCUUUGGGUCGAGCUUCGUAGGCAUGGUCCACAUUCUGAACAGCAACAACACAAGCGUCAGCGACAAGAUGAACACUGCUGUUGAAACCUUCCAAGCGCAAGCAAAGGGGGCCAUGGAUAUGAUUGCAGCUUACGAAAGUCUUGCUGGAGGGUUUGGUGUCAACAACUCUAUGGCUAACAGCGUCAAGAGUCUUCUCAGCUCGCAGGAUAUCAACUGCUAUGCCACAAUGAUUUGUAUGGGUGUAAUUCCAUCUAUUGUUGCCUCUGAUGUUCGAAUGGGCGUAGAAAAGUUUGCUAACUUUGAUCCGAAGUCGAGCCUCGAGGCGCUGACGACAAUGCAGAAUGCCAGUGUCGCCGAAUAG